UAGAAAACACACCGAAUUGAAUCGAUUUCCACUGUUCAUCCAACUUUGGUAUCGAAGACGUACUUCGCUGGUUCAACAGAGUGUUUGAAAAAUAAAAAUCGGUUAUGCAUUUAAAAAGUGCUGUUAUCUUUUGUGCGUUGUACUUCGUGACCACGACACAGAGCGUCGGACUCAAUAGAGGUGUAAUCAAUAGGAUUGCUUUUGAAUUCAAAGCAGGCGAAAACACUGUAGACUACAUUUCUCCAAAUAAAAUCAUGGAAAUUGUAAAACAAAUAGGCGUGGAAGAUUUGUCAGAAUUUACAUACGAACCAGAUACCAAAGACGGUCUAAAAGUACAAAAACUUUUGGUACUUCUGGCCAAACACAAUAAGAAAUCUGAUCACUGGCUGAAACGGAGAUUUGCAACCCAUGAAGUAACAAUUUACUUGAACCUAUUCAGAUAUCACGACAAACAUGGGGGCGAUGAAGACGGUCUACUUGACUUUGAAGAAUUAAAAAAUGUCGUUAAAGCUUUAAGUUUAAAUGAAGACGAGAAAGAAAGAUUGGCUAACCCGUUUGAAGGUGACCUAACAAUUAAUUUCGCAGAGUUCUUAUCGGUCUUUGUGGAUAUAAAACCAGUGGGCAAUGGUCUAGAAGAGAGUCAGAUCGAUGAGCUGAUCCUAAUUAAAGAUGACAAAGUAGAUGGCGAUUUCAUUAGUGCUACUAAAAUAACAGAGUUUAUUUUAGGGUUAUCUAUAAUUAAUGAUCACGACGAGAAUCUGGUUUUUGAUCGCAUUCAAAAUUCUGCUUUUGAGUUACAAGAGCUGGUGCUUGUUGCAGCAGAAUACAACAGAACGGCCGACAAAAAUACUAGAAAAGUCUAUUCAUCCGAAAUAGUUAAAAAAGUCAUAGCGGAAUUCCAUAAGUUCGACAAAGACAAGAACGGUAAACUGUGUAAGGAAGAAGCUAAGGAUAUUGAGAAAUCGUAUUUCCUGGACUUGAAACACGUUGGCUCUCUCAUUGACACAUACGAUACCGACAAGGACGAAAUGUUGGACGAUGUGGAGUUAUUUAAGUUGAUGUUUAAGGAGUGUGUAAAUGUUGCCUAAUGUUUAACGCUAAAAAGGUUUAUUUGUUUUUACUGAAUUAAAUAUUAUAUAAAAUGAUUUACAUAGGAUUUUUUUUUUUGGGCGUGCUUUAAU